AAAAAAUGUCAGAUGAUAGAAGUGAGACGUUAACACAGGAGGAAAAUGAACAGUCACCAUCUGGCCAAAACAUCUCAGCUUCUGACACAGUGAUGCAUAAUGAAAAGACAGUGCAAGUAUCACCACCAGAUGAUAAAAAGGAAGCUUCUGGAAGCUCCAGCAAUGACUUGGAAGAGCAACAGCCAUUGAAUUUAGAAUGUCCUUCAACUGAGCAACAUUCUGGUGGAGAAACAGCUAAGACUGAUGCAGAUGAAUGCAGUGAGUCUAUAAGCCUUGAACCAGAAGCUGGACCUGGAGGGCUGAACAAAGAAAGUGACUUGGAUUCAGUAUCCAAAGGAAAAGGAUGGACCACUUGGGGUUCCUGGGGCAAGUCCCUUUUUUCAACUGCAUCUGCUACAGUUGGUCAAGGAUUAACAGCAGUUAAAGAAAAAGCAGCCAUUCUACGAAUUCAUGCCCCUUCAUCCGGAUCUUCAGAUGGUGGACAUCCUGACACGCAUGAAAACAUAAUCACAGAUGUGGAAGAGGCUUCACAGCAGACCUCUGAAGAGAACAUGCCUUUAUCAUCAUCUCCUUCAGGAUCCCGGGGAAUGUUUUCAACCAUCACUAGCGCUGUGCAGAACACAGGUAAAAGUGUCUUAACUGGUGGACUUGACGCUUUGGAGUUUAUUGGCAAGAAAACCAUGAAUGUUCUGGCAGAAAGUGAUCCUGGAUUCAAGAAAACCAAAAUACUGAUGGAACGGACCGUUUCCUUAUCUCAGCUGCUGAGAGAAGCUAAAGAGAAAGAAAAGCAAAGACUUGCACAGCAAGUCACAAUCGAGCGGACAGCACAUUACGGGUUGCUCUUUGAUGAAUUUCAAGGUCUGUCUCAUCUGGAAGCUUUGGAAAUUCUGUCUAAUGAAAGCGAAGUCAAGAUACAAUCAUAUUUGGCAUCUCUUGAAGGAGAGGAGCUGGAAGCAGCAAAAAAUGUUUUAAUUGCUAUUAAGGAAGUCUUCCUUUCACAACAAUCAGAUAAUGAAGACAAAGAAACAAAGAAAGAUGCAGGAGAUGAGUUUAUUACAACGCUUACAGAAUUGCUGUUUGAGCUACACGUUGCUGCCACGCCCGACAAACUUAACAAGGCCAGAAAGAAAGCUUAUGAUAGCUUGGAAGUAGCAAGUCUCUCCACAUCUGGAGACAUGGAAGAGAACCCACCAGACCAAACUAAAGAAGCGGAUGAUGAAAUUGUAGAAAUGCAAGUAGCUGAAGAAAAAUCUCAGGUGGGAGAAUCUGAAAAGACAGAAAUAAAAAGAACCAAAACAGUAGAGGAAAUCUACAUGUUGUCAAUUGAAAGCCUGGCUGAAGUAACAGCUCGUUCCAUUGAACAGCUUCAUAAAUUAGCAGAAUUAAUUCUUCAUGGGCAAGAAGUUGAAAAGCCAGCCUUGGAGCAAGCCCGUGGUCUAACAAAUUUAACAAAUACGAUGUGUAACGAAGUGUCAUCCCUAUCAAAACAAUUCUCUGAUGUUUUGACUUUGGUUGGGAGUGACAAAAAAGCUGAAAUUCUUAAUCCAAUGGUCAAUAGUGUACUAUUAGAGGGCUGUAACAGCACUGCUUAUAUUCAAGAUGCUUUCCAGUUGCUGCUUCCAGUUCUGCAGAUCUCACAUAUCCAAAUCCAUUGUUUGAAAACGCAACAGUGACUCCCUUUAAAUAGCCAUCAACCUAAUUUCUUGAAUGGGUAUGAAGUUUUACAAAUAUGCCCAAUCCAGUAGGCUAUCAUGAAGUCUUUAAAGGGACACUAGAUGCAGCUUUGCACAUGAUGUAUCAAAUAACAUUUUUGAACCGAAUGAACUAUUUAAGCAUAUUCGUGUCAUUGAGGAAAAAAGCAACUUCAGGUUUCUUGUAGUAAUUUAAGGUUUGUGUCAGUGUUAUUGGUACAAAUUCAUCUUGGAUAUCUUACUAAAUAUUUUAGAUUCUGUUUUGGAAAAAAAAAAGUUGCCUUUUUGUUGUUGCCUUAUGCUUAAAGAUUGUGCACCAAAUAAGUUGAGGCAACCAGAAAGACAGACUUCCUGAGUGAUCUCGCUGUGCCCUGCGUGUGGAAAUGUAGACAUGCAGGUAAGAGAAACAAAAGGACAGCAGAGGAGGAGUGGACCUUAUUUCUAACAUUGUUUCUAACAUUAGGCCUUACUUCUAACAUUAAGUCCAUCUUCCAUAUGUCUACCUUAAAUCCUCUCACUAGCAGAAAUAUUUACUUGUCUUAGGAGUAUAAUUAAUUAUCGCAAGCCAAUUUUUGUAGGCACCACAACAUAAACUCUCAUGCAGAAAACCAGUAAAUUCUUUAAAUAAUUACAUCUUAGCCUCUUCCCAAUCAAUUAGACCAUCCAGAACCCUUAAAGUACAGUAUAGGGCAUCCAUAAUGGAGCUUUGCAUGAAGAUACAUAUUGGAAAUUGCCUUUAGGGAGCAGCAGCACUGGAAUAUGGAGUGGACCAAGAAAUGCAAACCCUCACCGAUUCCAGAAUGUUUGUCUGGAACAUCAUGUCCAGGACAUCACAAUCUGCUUCCCGUUAGAAAAAUUAAUUUCUAGGUACUGCUGACCACAUCUCUGAACAUCAUAGCAUGGGAAUAGAAGGGGAACAGAACAUUCUGGUGUUUUCCAGAAUGUUCCAUUUCCAAAUCAAAUUUUGCACAUCCCUGUCAGCAACUCUUUUAUGUCCCCAGAGACCCCCCUCGACUGCCUCUUGAAUUUGGCUUUUUCUCCUGGUAUUUGGGUCACUUUAAGGGGCAAAAUGGGUGCCUAAAUCUUACGGUUAUCCUUCUUAAAAUUUCCUAACAUUCCCUCAAAAUGGGCCUCAUCCAAUUUUAGAGUAAGGCCCUAAAUGAAGUGUCCUUCAAACUGACAGAAGUUGUCUGCCUCUGUUUUAGAGAGAGAGUCAUAUAAAUGUCUUGUUGCUAAAGGACCAAUUGACUAUGGUAUAGUUUGGAGUCCACUUCAUCACAUCUGACUGGUCUACAUACCACAUAUGAUCGUGGUGAAGAAGAAUCAGAGGACAUACCUGCAGAUUGCAGUACAAUAACAGCAUCUGCAAUAGUCCAGUUAAUUUAAAUGUAUGUGAAAUAAGCAAAGUGACCACACAACAGCAAAUAGUGAUCUGUAAUUGGCUGCCAAGUAGCACAGUAUCCCACUAAUAGGUGUACCUCCACUGUUAUUGACAGUCUUGCUGGAUGACACCCUGUGCCCUAUUAAUAAAGUAGCCUUUAGGACAAGGUUGGUGACUUCAUGGAUAUAUCCAUGCUGUUCCUUGGCAUGAUAUAGAAGUGAUUUGCUACUGACUUCCUUCAACUUCCCAGUCAAGCACUGGGAUUGCCAGACUGCCUCCCAUCCUAUACUAACUAGGUUGACCUUGUUUGCUUUUCCAAAUCAGCCACGUUUGGUUAGAUGCCUCCAUCUAGCCACACAACCCCAGUGGUGCCUGCUAUCUGAAACAUGGUGGUGCUUUUGUAGAUUUAAAUAAGUUCUUUUUUUUAAAUCAGGCUAGUGCAUGAUUUCCAAUGUAAAUUCUACUUUUUGUUGAGAAGACACCAUUGGAAAACUAAACUUACUUGUAAGGAUUCUAUAGCUAGUACUGUGCCUUCCAUUAGUCUAACAGAAUAAUGAGCUGUUGUUUCUUAAAAAGUGUUGCAUCAAAGCAUUGCAAGUAAGCCAUUAGUCAUAAUAACCAUGUGCUGGGAUUUUACCCUUUUUGGUUUUUAUAAGAUCUUACACUGCAGAAUUUAUAGCUACUCCUGUGGAGAGGCAUCAUGGAAAUAGAUUGUCUUAAUGGAGGUGAUCUUUUAACUAAAGGUUGCCCAGGAAUAUGUUGCAUGCCUUGGGGGAAUAUUUAAAAAGAUGGCAGGAGAAUCAUUUAAAACAGUAGAUUGCUUAUUUGAAGCAGUCUUUCCACAGUUUUCCGAGAAGUCUUCAAUUAUGCAUGCAGUGGGCUAGAGCUUUGUUGUUUAGGGAAAUAAAUAAGGAAGAAGCUACUAAAUGAAACACAGAGCAGAAUAUCCCAUUUGAUUUUUAUUCUUUAAGAUCAAUUCACUUGGCAGUUUAAGAAUUAAAAUCAACCAGCUCAUUUAAAGGUAGCCAGAUCAGUACAGAGUUGUGUGGAAAAACAUUUCUAAUAAAACCGGAUGAAGAACUAAAUAAUUGAGGCUGCACUCCUAUCCCCAGUGCAAAUUGAAUUCAGUGUUGUAUAGAAAUUCAAAUAGGACUUAUUUCUGAGUCAACUCAUCCAGAGUUGUGCUGCAAAUGAAUAACCUUGGAAAUACCAAACUUCAGAAUUAUCUUUGUUUUGGAAUAUCUGUCCUGGGGAAGGCAGAUACAAAGGUGUUUCCAGAUGGAGAACUCAUAAUACGAAGAACAUAGACUUUCUUAUAGACUCUCUGCAGGCACUUCAGGGAGUCUAGCAUUUUGAUGUCCAUCUGUCUCCAUGUGCAAAAUUUACAUAACCACAUGGGUGAUACUGCUCUUUUUCCAACCAAUCAUGAUUCUUUUAUGACAUACUGAAGCAGGUGCUUCUGUGCCCAAUUUUAGCUUCCUGGUUGAUGGUGAUGGUAGUGGUGCUGGUGGUGAUGAUGGUAAUGAUGAUAAUGGUGAUGAUGAUUUUAAAGGCAUGCCUCUAGCAUCAUGAAAGUGAAUUAAGGCCUUCUUACAGACUGACAUGUUUCAAAGAAGUACACGCUUUCAAAAAUUUUUACAGGAAUGCCUUUGGCCCUAAAUGUCCAGGAAAAUAGGUAUUGAGUGAUAGUAAGGCAUGUUGAACAGAGAGGAUGGCAGAAAACAUCAUCUUCAAUUCAAUUUCUAGUUUGUGGGAUGUAUAGGUCGUUACAGGUAGUCCUCAACUCAUGACCAUUCAUUUAAUGGCUGUUCAAAGUUACUACAGUGCUGAAAAAAGUGACUUAUGGUCAGUCUUUGCACUUAGGACCGUCAUAGCAUCUCCAUGGUCACAUGAUCAAAAUUUGGGUGCUUGGCAACCAGUAUGUAUUUACAAUGGUUGCAGCAUCCCAGGGUCAUGUGAUCACCAUAUGUGACCUCCUCAGGGGGCUUCCAACAAGCAAAGUCAAUAGGAAUUUUGCUGGAAUUUUAAGAUUUACCGGCUGGAACUGAGUGCAAAAAAAAAAAAAUUAAAUCUAGAAUUGCCUCAAGUAUCAGAAUGGAACAGGGCUUACAGUUCUUCCAAACAAAAGCGUACCCAUAGUUAUCCCUAAGCUGUUGUCAUUCAGCAAUAUAUUGAAGGACAGGAGAAUGAAGUCAUUGUGUGGUUGAUAUUAUUAAAUAAUUUGCAACAAUUCCUAA